UUAUAAAAACAAAUAACUUAUUUGAUAAACAAUUUCUAUGGAAAAGAAGAUAUAUAAUGKUUGAGAUGUUGGUGUUGUUGGCAUUUAUACUUAUCCAACACCAGAGCACUGGUAUGUUAAUUCAUAUGAAUGAAGUUCACCAGAAAGUGUUUAGCAACGCCAACAUAACUGUGACGUGCAGUACGGAGGCGACCAACGCCACGGGUAAUCUUACCCUUAGUGUGAGGGCCCGUAUGUUUCUACUGCUAUUGCAAAUACCCCGCGGCGGACAAACCCAUCAGAUUCAGGGUGUACUUCAUUGCGAUCCCAAACGGACCAAAUGUGAGAGUGAGUUCAACAUUGCCGUCGACUGUAUUACAGAUCGCAUCGAAAUCAAACAACCAGUGGACACACUGGAGACGGCCUGUCAACUCAAUGAUGAUGUCAUAUGUUCUAAUCAAUGGCUUAGUGAGCACCGGGAGGACUGUGUGGCACUCGGCAAAAUCACUAUCAUUAAAGGUCCAAAACUAGACGAGCCGUGCGUUCACCGCAACCAAUCGGGUGACACACUGUUACCGUGCGGUGAGAAUCAACAAUGCAAUACAAUGUAUGGUCGGUGUGAAUGUCAACCGGAAUUUGUGCCCCAAAAAGGAAAGUGUGAGCCCAUGUAUGUCGACGAUGAAGAUAAAAGAGCACAACAAUUGGUCACUGAUUUGUCGGGUCGGCCGGUGACCAUCAGUUACGGUGCAGCACAUAAACCCAAUGCUAUGAGACCAGUAACAACAACUGCCAGUGUUUUGAGACCAUUACCAACUACUAGUGAUGUGGACAGAGAUGGUGCGGUUGAGCCAACACAGACCAAAACAGCCGACACUAAAAACACAUCCAAAGCAUUGGUUAUAUUUUUAUUAGUUGUUGCUAUACUUCUGUGUAUUGCUUUAGCUGUUGUUGUCAUCUGGAGUUACAGCCGUAAUAGAAAUCGUGAAGCGGUUCCGACAAACUCAUCAUAAGAUAUAAUAACUGUGUCAUCAAUUAUGAGUGUAUUGUCACUAAAAUAUUAUUGAGGUUAACAAUGAUGGACAGGGAUGUCAUUAAAAAUGACAAACAAAUAUAAUAACAACAAAAAUGACAACAAAGAUGACAACAACACUCUAACUAAUAGAUGCGAUAAAUGACUGAAAAGAGAUGAUGUGAUGAAUGAAGACAUAAUCCAAUCAAUAGUUUAUAUAAAUAAUACAAAACAUAACUAUAAUAUAUAAGAGACAC